AUGGCUGAUAACAAUAAUUAACCCCAGGCUAAUAAUGAAUAUUUAAAUUUGAAAGUUAAAUCUUAAGAUGGAGAAGAAAUAUUUUUUAAAAUUAAAAGAACAACAUAAUUUAAAAAAUUAAUGGAUGCUUAUUGCUAAAGAGUCCAAGUAAACUUAAAUAAUGUAAGAUUUCUAUUUGAUGGCGAUAAAAUUUUAGAAUCACAAACUCCAGCAGAUCUAAAAAUGGAAAAUAAUGAUGAAAUAGAUGUUGUUAUAGAAUAAACAGGGGGAUUUAGAUAAAAGUAUUGA